AAAUUAGGUUUUGAUACACGAUUCAACUCGACACAAAUAAAAAUGGUGGUUCACUAGAUUAGAUUUCUCUGGAUCUAUUUGUUACUUGAUGUAAAUUACCAAGGAACAAUUUAAAGGAUUUUGGAGCACCAUACGAGGUUUAUUUUAUCUUCAAUUCAAUGAAUAAGUAAUUGGUGCAUAUACACAGUGCGACAGCGAAAGUAGUGUUUGACAAAUAACAGGUUGUUGGAGACAGACCAGACACCGAUUUCGCUUUAGUUAAAUGCGUUAUGUGUUCUUUUUUUACUUUUGUAAGUGGGUUUCGAGAGGCAAUUAACUUAUUUUUAACAAAGUGAACAUCUUGACGUGGUUUUAUUAUUACAAUAAACAAAGAAGCCCAUGAAAACUUUUCGACAAAUGAAGACACCAACUGAAUGAUUCAGUAUGCCUAGAAGUGCUCGUAAAUAUGUAAGAUGUCUGAUCAGUGGAGAUCAAGCAGAGAAGGUUUCAGGAGAUUGAUUUGUAAAAAACAAAGAGAACAAUGACACAGGAUGGCUGAGAAUUAUAGAUACAUAGUGCAGGUGUUUGUCGGUGCACUCUCUGCACAAUACGAGGCUUUAUCUGUGGAAGCCUCUAAGCAGACCAGCUCUGAAGAGAUAGUGUGCUGUAUAGCAGACAAACUUAACCUCAACAAUGGUUCCGGAGGGCCAUAUGAGUUGGCCGAGGUUGUCGGCGACGUCGUCAGUGGAGAGUGCAAGGAGAGGCGGCUUGCACCCGAUGAAUCUCCCGUUGGUGUCAUGCUACUGUGGCCUAACAAUAAUUCUGAGCAGUACUAUAGGUUUUAUUUACGCGAAAAAAUACCGGACGAGCCAUGGAUGGAAAAUUUCUCAGUGGAUCCCCAGCUGAUAAAGGACUACUUCCAGAGAUUCCUUUACCAGCCGAAGGACCGCGAGUAUCCUGACUUGUGUCAGCUGCCGGAGCUCAAUGAGCAGACCCUGCUGAAUAACUUGAGGGCGAGGUUCGCGGCCGGCUAUAUCUACACAUACGUCGGCUCUAUCCUCAUCGCCCUCAACCCAUUCAAGUUCUACCCCAUAUACAACCCGAAAUAUGUGAAGCUGUACCAGAAUAAGCGCAUCGGGUCGACCCUCCCUCCUCACAUAUUCGCAGUAGCCGAUGCGGCGUACCAUUCUAUGCUGCGCGAGCGAACAAAUCAAUGCAUAGUGAUCAGUGGUGAAAGUGGCUCAGGAAAAACGGAGAGCACCAAUUUUCUUUUGCAUCACUUAACUGCGCUCAGUCAGAAGGGAUCACACGGAAGUGGUGUGGAACAGACGAUAUUGAGUGCCGGUCCCGUCCUAGAAGCAUUCGGUAAUGCGAAGACUGCCCACAAUAAUAAUUCCAGUAGGUUCGGAAAAUUCAUACAAGUUAACUAUAAGGAGAAUGGAAUGGUUCACGGUGCCGUUGUACAGAAGUAUCUUUUGGAGAAGUCUAGAAUAUGCAGCCAGGGUCGAAACGAGAGGAACUAUCACGUGUUUUACUAUUUGUUGGCGGGUGCGUCGGAGCAGGAGAAGGAGCAAUUGCAUUUGCUGAGUGUGGACAAGUAUAACUACUUGUCGCGGACUGGUUGCAGUGUGGUGCCGGGCGUGGACGAACAGUAUGAGUUCUCGCGGUUGAAGCAGUCUAUGGACAUGGUGGGCUUCACUAUGGACAAGCGGCGGAGACUUUUUGCGGUGCUGUCAGCUGUACUACUGUUGGGUAACGUCGAAUUCCAACCACGAAAGUCAUACCACCACGAUGAGGCAGUGGGCGUUCGGAACCCCGAGGUGGUGUCGCUGAUAUCCUCGCUGCUUCAUGUCAAACAAGAGACUCUUCUGGCGGCCCUCACGUCCAAACGAGCCAGGGCUUCAGGGGAGACCCUUGUCAUCAAUUACAGAUUACCAGAAGCAAUAGCGACCCGAGACGCAAUGGCCAAGUGCCUGUACGGCGCGCUGUUCGACUGGAUUGUGAUGCAAGUCAACCACGCGCUGUUGUCUAAGAAGGACACGCUAAGAGAGCACCAGGGACACAGCAUUGGCGUCCUUGACAUCUUUGGCUUCGAAGACUUCGGUCCUUCGAACAGCUUCGAGCAGCUGUGCAUCAACUACGCGAAUGAGCACCUGCAGUACUACUUCAACCAGCACGUGUUCAAGUACGAACAAGAAGAGUACCGCCGGGAAGGCAUCCGAUGGACUGAUAUAGGAUUCUCCGAUAAUACUCAGUGUUUACAGUUGAUUGAGGGAAAGCCGAGUGGGCUGUUGUGUUUACUCGAUGAUCAAUGCAAUUUCCCUUGGGCAACAAAUGAAACCCUAUUGCAGAAAUUUAACUCUGUACACGAAGAUAACCAAUUCUAUGAAAAACCUCAGCGGAGGGAGCCUGCAUUUGUGGUCAAGCAUUAUGCUGGCAGGGUAAAAUACCAGGUUACGGCAAUGAGAGAGAAGAACUUAGAUCUGAUGCGGCAGGACAUAGUUAGCGUGCUGAAGAAUUCGUCCUUGGCGUUUGUGAGGGAGUUAGUGGGCGUCGACCCCGUGGCCGUGUUUCGCUGGGCCAUCGUCAGAGCAUUCUUCAGAGGGUACUUCGCAUUCCUAGAAGCGGGCAGGAAGCACAGGGUCCACAGAACAGACGGGGCUCUCAGAGUUCCCCGCGCCUCCAUACACGCGCCUAACGACAGUAUUAUCAGAACGCCGCAUAGAACAGCGGCUAAGGCGGGCAUGAGUCGCGGCGAGGUUAAGCACCGCGCGGAGGUUCCGGUGCGGGAUGGGCGGCCGGCAAAGAGUUACAGAAUAGCGGAGACGCGCACGCGCCGAGUGGAGAGAGACCUCGACGACGCGGACGUCAUGCAGCGCGCCAGUCAGAUCGUCAUGAAAAACAAGUCGUUCAGACCGCGGGAGCGGGCCAAGAAGGGGUUGAAGAACUUGCAGAGCGUGAAGACGUUAGCGGGCCGGACGGCCGCGCCCACGGGCAAGCGGAAACAGCCGCUCACUGUGGCCGCGCAGUUCCAGCACUCGCUCGCGGCGCUUAUGGAAACGCUCAAUCAGGCUAACCCGUUUUUUAUAAGAUGUAUAAAGUCAAACAGCGAUAAAAUACCGAACGUGUUUGACGAAGAGACCGUCCAACGACAACUGCGGUACACCGGCAUGCUGGAGACAGUGCGCAUACGACAAGCCGGCUAUAACGUGCGUCUCACGUACGAGGAGUUCAUCCAGCUGUACAGGAUACUGUUGCCGAAAGGAUUGCUUAGCUCGCAGUCCGAUGUCAGGCAUUUCCUCGCAACUCUUAACUUGGACAGGGAUAAUUAUCAAUUGGGCGCGACCAAGAUCUUCAUGCGCGAAAGCGAGCAGACGAAGCUGGAGUACCGGCUGCACCAGCAGAUCAUGGCGUCCAUCAUCGCCAUCCAGCGCUGGUUCCGCGCCGUGCUCGAGCGGCGCCGCUUCCUGGCGCUGCGCCGCGCCUCCAGGGUGCUGCAGGGCUAUUGCAGACAAUGGCUCGUGGCCCGCGUGGAAGCCGCCACGAAGCUGCAGGCGUGGUUCCGCGGGUGCCGCGUGCGGCGCUGGUACCUGAAGCUGCGGAAAGGCAUCGUCGGUUUCCAGGCGGCGGCUAAGGGCUACCUACUCAGAAAGUCUUUGCUAGCUUUACGACGCCCCUCUAGAAUAUUAGACAAGAAUGACCGUGACCAUAAGGCGGCCGACGCGAGGGACGACGCCGACCGCGCGCCUAGUCUCGAGGAGUUGAAGAACAUUAUAGAUACGCAAUUGGACAUGCUCAUCAACCGGGGAGUCGAGAACAUGAGGCAAUUGAGAGCUACACAGUCUCUACCUAUUGCAAGUUUGGAAAAGAAACGGGACGCGUUCAUUCCCACGACAGCGACAUACGACAACAAAAAUGUCACCAAUGCUCAGGUUACAGCAGAUAUCGCGGCGAUUAACAAAAGUAAAAUUCAAAAGGAGGAAAGAAAGAAGAAAAAGGAGGCGAAAUCUUUUUUGGACAUCGGGCGAUGGAACGCGGAAGGCGUUGCUGUUCCCAACAAGAUCACUCCAGCGGACCUCGCUGACGAAUUACUUUGGCUUCGGCUAGAUCAGAACAUACUGGCCAGUAAGACCAAGACAAAUGACAAAGAUAUCCAAUUAGUAGAUGUAACAGAAAGAAUAAACAAUUGUAGUUCUGGAGAUAGCUCAGAUACGAAUAAAAGUACAGGUUCAAGACGGAGCUCCCCGCCGGUGCACCAGCGCAGCGCGGCGCUGCUCAGCCUGCCGCCCGUGCGCCGCCCCGCGCACGCGCCGCGCGACGCCGACCUAGACGCAGUGGUGACGGUGAGUGCCCGUGCCCGCGGCGGGGAGGCGUGCGCGCCGCCCGCGCCGCCCGCCCGCGCGGCGCGCCGCUCGCCGCGCGGGCCCGCCCUGGACGCGCUGGACGCCGCCCUGCCCGCGGACCAUAGAGACGUCAAGAGACAUCCUGCCAGAACAACAAGCGAGUUGAUGGCGCCGCUCCUAGAAUCUUCGUCGGUGUCCGUCCCCGCGGCGGUAGCUCUGUCCUGCAUGGAGGCGGGGGACGCGCGGGCGUCGCGGGGCGCGGGGCUGGCGUCCUUGCGGCGACGCAACUCGGACCCCGCGCCCGCCCCCGCCGAACCCCGCGCGCCGGACCCGAGGUCUACGGACUUUAUUGGGACAACUACCAAUGGCCUUUUCCGUAUCGCUGGUCACAGGUUUCGAAAAGGCACUCGAUUCUCUAAAGACGACAAAUGCGUAUAUUGCCACGAGGCGAUCGACGCGUUCGUCACGCAAGGCCAGCGGUGCAUCGACUGCAAACAACUCUACCACACAAAAUGUAUCCAGAAUAAAGGCGUGAUCACCAUGCCUUGUAGCAGUCCAGUAGUAACAAACACGAGGACGCGCCCUAAGAAUAGAAAGAGAAUUAACAUGAAGGAGCCGUAUAUGUUAGGGGAGCAAUCUAAAGGUUCGGUUUCGUCCAACUUCAACUUGACCGGUACGUCCGAGUUUAUGGACCGGACGGACAAGAUAAUAUCGGACGCGACCGAACUGCAGGCCAUGCAGAACUUCAUCACAAAGAAGAUUUAUCAGAUGGGAUUGUCUGACAACGACAAACAGUCUGAGGUGGACAGGGUAUUCAAGCACGCGCUAAGCGAGUUCAAAGACAACCUCGUCGCGACGUACAGCGUAGUGGAAACUCGGGGGUCGGCUCUCAAAUACAAGGACCUUAUCGGAAACUUCUUACAUGUAAUGGAGACCGUGUGUGCGAGGGAGGGCUCCACGUUAUCCAUCACGAUGGGAGUCAACGCCUUUAGAGGGUUCAUGGACGAGUUCAUGAGCCAACAUGAGACUGAUAAAGCUAGGACUAAGAGGAAAAAGGACAAGAAGAGAAAGGUGGACGACCCGAUUCAGUACAAGGGCCACACGUUUAUCCUGUCGAUGAUCAACAUCCCCACGGAGUGCGAGAUCUGCAAAACAUUCUUCAUGUGGCCCAUCGAGCGCUCGCUCAUCUGCCAGUGCUGCAAACUUGCCUCGCAUAAGAAGUGCUAUAUGAAGGUGAACACGCAAUGCCGGAAGGACUCUGCCGCGAUAGUGGGCGUUGUGGACGCGGGCGGACGGGAGCAGUAUGGAGUAGUCGCCAGAGGACUGGUUUUCGGCGUACCUCUGGCGGAAUUGCCUACGGGCGACAGCAACAUUCCGAUAGUAGUGGACCGACUGAUAACCACUAUAGAGAUGACGGGGCUCUACAAUGAGGGGCUUUACCGGAAGAGUGGUCUCAGUUCCAAGGUUCGCGAGCUGCGGCGACUGCUGGACGAGCACCCCGAGGCGGGCGUGGAGCGCCUGGACUCGUACGCGGUUCACGUGCGGGCCUCCGUGCUGAAGAUGUUCUUCCGCGACCUCCCGGAGCCGCUGCUCACCUUCGACCUCUACGACGACUUCAUUCUGGCCGCCGACAUCACCGACCCGCAGGAGAGGGUAUCGAGUAUAUUCACCAUACUGAAGAAAUUGCCGAAGCCUAACUUUGACCUAGUCGAGAGAUUAAUAUUUCACCUGGCCAGAGUGGCGUUAGGGGAGAAUCAUAACAGGAUGGGUCCGAACGCCCUGGCGAUAGUGUUCGCGCCGUGCAUCCUGCGCACGCGCAAGGUGCAGCCCGCGCAGGACUCGCUGCACGACAUCAACAAGCAGACCACCUGCCUCGAGACCAUCCUCGUCGACAAGAUGCGGACCGUGCGCGGCAUGCUGCAGGACAUCGCGACGCUGGACACGGCGUGCCACACGGCCACCAACCGGCUGUCGUCGCUGCGCUCGCACAGCGCCGCGCCGCGCCCCGAGGAGCAGAUCCUGGUGGGCCACAUCCACGAGAUACAGAAGGAGAAGGCCAUCCUCACCUCCAACCUGCCCACGCUCAUCAGGGCGACGUCAGACGACGACCUGCUGUCGACCACGGACCACGACGGCGAGUUCGGCAGCUCCGACGACCUCAGCACCGGCGCCGCCUCCCUGCGCUCCCAGCGGCUGUUACACAGGCAACUCUCUUCCGACGACCCCAUCAUGGUCUAGUAUAGACUACAUCAUAGUAAUGCCGAUACAGAUAGCUGUAAAGUUCAAUAUUGAUUGGCUUCCGACGACACCAUCAUGGUCUAGACUACACUAAAUACUAGUUAUGCCGACAUAUAGCUACAUACCAACAUGGUCUAGAAUAAACUGCUAGUUUAAGUCGAUAGCUCAGUAUUGAUAGCAUUCUGACGACCCCAUCAUGGUCCAGACUACACACUAGUGCCGAUAUCUAUAUAGCUCAAUAUCAAUAGGCUUCCGACGAGACCCCAUCAUUGUUUACGACUUACAUGCGGAAGAUGCUAAUCUAUACUAUAUAGUUCAUUACCGAUAGCAUUCUAACGAUCCCAAGGCUUAUUCACGAAGUUUGAUGGGACGAAUGUCUUAUCUUUUCUCUCUGUCUAACUUUGAGGUAAUACUAAGUGUAAAAAAAGAGACGAUAAGACAUGCUUUGUCAACAUCCGUAAUAUUGAAGCCGAUCAUAGUCUCGACUAUACUGAUGGUGCCUAUUGAUAGAUUGGGACGGCAAUAGUGGAAAUAUCUAUACUAUUGAAACAUAAGAUAAAAUUGAGACAAAAGCAAAUACUAUUGCAAUAGUGUAUGUGUUAUUAUACGGGCACUAUACUUUCGAUAUUUUAACUGAUGAACUAUCGGUACCACUAUUAGUUUGGCAUAUUUUUUAUAUAAUAAAUCUGUCAAGUAAGGAAAUGGUUCUGUUUGAUAUAAUAAAAUUUAUAAACAAAGAAAUGUGACAAAAUAUUUUGUUAGUUUAUUUUCUAAUGAAUUUUAUGAGUUCCGUUACAUUCCCAACAUUAUUGAAAUUUCUCUUUAAAGUGUUUUUAGAACAUUCGGCAAAAGUUAUUCCAUACGAGGUAAUAAUAAUCUCUUAAUGAUAACUAGGCGGAGGCUGCAAGUCAGCGAUAUUUGUGUACCACAAAUUUAGACUUCUGGCGCAGUGAUACACAAUGUGUUGAUAUACUUCUACUUGAAUUUGGUUGAAGUCGGCGCCAACGGCAAACGAGCUGUGUAAUUUUUAAGUACUGUUUGAGAUUAUUAUAAUGAGUCUUGUCUAAAUAUUUUAUCCGAGCGUGUAUUUCUUAUUUCCAACGCUAGGAUCGACUUAUAUUAUUUGGCAUUAGUUGAUAUUGAUAAAUUGUACUGUUAAAAACUUCUUGCCCACGUCAUAGCGAUGUAUUUGUUAUGAGCAUAAAUGUAGUAGCGUAGUGCGGCGAUCGCGGUCGCCGAGCCAUGAUACAUGUACUUAACAUUUAGCGAUGAGCUUAUUGCGUAGAGCACCGAGUGCCCCGACCGUACCUCGAUUCUCCGCGUCUGCCACAUCUAAACAGACGUGCAUAUAUUUUUCAUAUGUGUUAAUAUAAUAAAUAUAUUAUAAAAAAAACAUCUUCCCACUGACAUUCUAUUUUAUGAUAUAUUUUCCUUGUAAAUAUGUAAAUCUUAAAUUUAAAAAUGUAGUAUAUUUUUUCAAUUUAAUUAGUUUCAUCAAAUUAUAUUCUUACAACAUUCUUUUUCAUUAAAAACGCCAAAUUUAGAAUUAGUAUCAAAUUGUGAUUAUCUAUGAAAGAUUUAGUGAAAGUGACGUUUCAUCGAUUUUAGUUUAGGCGUAAAUUAAAAACGUCAAAAUGUAUUAAAGUAGUGUCAAAGUGCCGAUUAAGGAAUUUGGUUCAAUUUCAAAUUGAAGUGAUUAUUGUUUGAAUUGAAUUGUACGGUUCAAGAAAUAAUAUACUCCGAUUUGACCAGUAUACGGCCUGACCGAAGGCAAGCGGCAUAUUUAUGUCUUAAACCUUAUAUUAAAAACAUCACUUUACUAAACACAACAAAGAACGAAAUAAAAAUUACUGGGUUCACAUAUUAUUUUUCAAGUAGAUAUUUCACAUAAUUUGUAUUAUUUUUUUAUUCGCGAAUCUUCACCGCCAUGACAUAUUUCAUAUGCUAGAUAUCGCUUUUACGGUUCACGAAACCGAUCAUAUCCCUCAGCAGGCGUUGUCAUUAAAUUCUUAAAAAUCCUGAGAUACUAUACGUUUUCAAUAUAUAAACAUAAACCAUCUCAACUACUACCGUUUAUGGAAAUAAAGCUGAUUUUAAAAGUAUAUUGUUCUCUCUCAACACAUCACGAAAUAUGCAGAUAUGCGAUUGCAUUUGUUAUUAUUGGACAUACCCUGCAUUCAUGUCUUACUGUUUUUGUAUUCAAAAAGACUGCCUACUGAUAAGCUAUUGAAUUUAUCGUUAUAUAAGUCACAAAUGUUUUACCUGCUUGUAUUAGUUUGUAACUGUUUACUAUUCAAACAACGAAUUCUCUCUGUGAAAUUGAUUAUGAUUUCAACUUUUUACUUAGGACGCUUGUAUAUUUGUAGCUCAAUUUUAUAACUAUUUAGGUAAAGUAAAAUUCGAUUUAUACCAGGGGUUUUAUUUAUUUGGUUUUCAUGUUUUAAUUGAUAUUUUGUUUAUACAUAUAUAAAAUCUAAAUUAAUAAACUCGUAAAUUGUUUUUGACAAGCAUGACCUUUAUUGGUUUUGAUUUUAAUGAUAGUUUAAUUUCAUAAAAUUUUAGAAUAUCCAUUUUAGUAUGUUCUAAAAAUUGUUACAUUAAUUGAUAAAAUCCCGUUAAUCUAUCGCUGGGGUUGUGCCACAGUAAUCUACUGUAUUUCUUGUGCCUUUGACUAGUUUGCUUUCGGCAGUCCAAGUCUACGAAUGUUCAACUGUUUGUCAACUGUUGUUGUUUACAUAAUUAUAGUGUUCUUAUAUAAUCUACUAGUACUGUUAACGCGUACUGCGCUUAUACCGUUAUUUUAUGUAGUGAUAAAAUUAGAUAAUACAGGUCUAAUAUCCCUGAUUCGAAGGCUCUUACAUACUACCCAUGUUUACAAGUUGAUGUAUAAGUUGAAUAUUGAAUGUGCAAUGUGGCACUAAACACUAGAAGUGUAUGUAGAUAGUGUCGUUCUACUUGAGAUGUAAAUAUAACAUAGAGUUAAGUUAGGAAGGUUCUAUUUUAAACUGAUUUUAAUUUUGAAAUGUUUAAUUUAUCAAAGUGCCUGUUGGGACAUCUUGUUAUAAUUUCGACGUAAAUUGAUUUUACUCACAUCUGGUGCCUAAAUAUUUCGACUUAAGUUUUAUAAAAAUUUUAAUUUGUCAAACAUUAUAAAAUCAAGAUCUGUUGUUAAAAUAAUGUGAAUUAAAUAGGUGUUGGCAAGGUCGAAGCAAUGGAGGUUUAUAUUUCUUAUGGCAGAGAAAUAAGAAUUAUGUGAUAAUAAAUUCUUGUGAAAGGAGAAAAUGGUUAAUGAGAGUGCUCCUCCAAAUCGUUUUGUUAUCAACCUUCCUAACACCUGUUUUAUUUUAAGACUUCAAAACAAACAUUUAGUUUGUUAGGUCUUUUUAACUUUUUAAAAUUUCUGUAGGUUACCAUUUUUUUGUGGUAGAACCAUAAAUAUAGAACUGAUGAUGUUGUAGGACUUCACUUGAUAUUAUUCGAUAUUUCUACAAACAUGCUUACUGUGUUUACCGAAUCUAUAGUUGUAUUUGUGAUAAGGACCAAUACUAUGCUGUUUACAAAGUGACAUUUUAUAUUCCUGUAUGUUAUUUGACUGUGACAUUAAUAAAUUAAUGACCUUGUAUUAUAUUACAUGUAUAUUGUUCAAUUUAUUUUUAGGUCCCUAUUAAUGUAUCAAAAUACAAAAAGAUGUAACCAAAACAUUCUACUGUAUACACAUCUAUAAAAGAAGAAUAAACAAUUGCUGUGUAUUAUAA